UUCCAAAUCAACAUGCCAUGUGUUUUCAUGAACCUCACUAUUUAUACAAACAUAAUUCUUCCUCUUCUUCACAACCAAACCAAUCCCUUCAAAACUCCCAUUAAUGGAAAACUCACAGCCAUUACACACAGAGAGCUUCUCCUACAGCUGGUUAACACACAACACCCCACCUCCCAACCUCAGACAAAUCGACGACAACGACUUCUGCUUCGACGUCCCUUCUUCAUCCGCUGACUUUGAGAAUGCGGACGAGAUCUUCUCGGAGGGGCAGAUCCUAGCCAGAUCCCCGGGAACGGUUCCCGACAAAAAAUGUAAUAAAAUCGUGUCGAAAUUGAGGAGAUUGAUGUUGAAGAAGAUCUUGCGGAAGGGGUUGGUGUUUGCGGGUUGCUGGUCAGCGAAGAGCAGGAAAGUGGAUGAUCUUCAACGGAAGGUUCUAGAAUCUCUUGAAGCUUCGCCGAGGCGAAGCUCGGCGUCUUGUUAUGAUGCUGAUGAGAACUCAAUUAGUGAAGCUAUUAUUUAUUGCAAAAGAUCAAUAGAAAAUUAAUGCGGUGAAGGAGAUUCGUGCAAGGAUGUGCAUGAAUCAAGAAUUAGGAUUUUAUUCAAGAGAUUGAUAAGUAUUGUUUCACUGUAAAAAAAAUAACUCUGCGUUUUACCAGCGGAAUUUACCGAUAGAUAUAGUUCAACUCUAUUAGCAGCGGAUUAGCACAUGUGAAUAACAUUUUUUUUACAGAAAAUUCUGCAUGUAAUUUUUUUCCCACUUGUAUCGGAUAUAAUUGAGACAAUUUUUAGUAAAGGAAAUCAUCAAUUACUGAACA